CAGCGCAGCAAUGUUUUUGUAUGCGGUAUCCCAUUUUUGAUCAGUAUUGUCCAUAUGUAGAUCAAAACAUCCAGACAUGCGUAGACGAGAUGUAUCGAAGCAGCCCAACCCCUGAGAUCUCAAGUAUCAUUCUAAAGAUACAAGGAACGUCUAUUUUAAACCCCUCUAAUUAUUUUACUAUUAUCGAUGAAAUUUGUAGAAAUAAGAUCACCUUUGAUAGCUUUUUAUCGUGUGCUUACCCUUAUGUUCAAAAUUGCAUGGGUGACUAUCGCGAUGAGCUUUUAGCCCCAUGGCGGAAUUUCACUUACGGUUUUACUUAUUUAUGUAGAUACCGAGGUGCCAAAGAACUGAAUAUCGAGUGUUUUAAGAACAAUACUUUACAAGGCCCAGUAGCCAAAGAUAGAAUAAUGGAUUUUUCAAACACAGUGGAAAAGUGUCGAAUCGACCAAUCCAGAACGCUUCCCGUAUCAGACUCUACCAAUGCCAGACAAAAAACCAUUAAUGAUCAUUGCAUAAAUUAUAAUGUGGGUUACGACUGUGUUCGCAGGAUUUUUGCCGAUAGAUGUCACCGUACCCGAAAUCACAUCAAAGUCUUCUACGAUUAUCUUAGACCGGGAGAAUGUUCGGCGCCAUUUUGUCAUGCAUCAAUUAUAUUGUUACUAUGUUCGUUGUUAAUUACGAAAUAUUUCCUUUAG